AUGCCUGCUGAGCAUGAGGCCAAAAAGCCUGAGGCCAGCCCCAGUGAAACCCCGGGGCACGCCGCCGAUAGUGAGCAGCCUGGUGAUGAUGUCAGACAGUCUACUACACCCUUGAAGGAAGACGAGGUGGAAUCGACCCCAGACCAGACGGACAGUGCUGCUGCUGCUUCGUUGGCUCGCCAGCGACAGGAAAGAUUCAAAGCCCUCAAAGCUCGCGCAAAAACUGCCACCGAGCGCAACAUGAAAGAAACCGCCGCCGAAACGCAGCGUUUGGCAACUGACCCGUCGCUACUCUCAUCCAUCUCCCGCAAACAUGCUUUUGCGUCACACAACCUCCUCAAAGCAGACACCGAGGCUGCGGGUGAAGAUUUCGAGCGUAAACGUGCAUGGGAUUGGACGGUGGAUGAGUCUGAGAAAUGGGACAAGCGGAUGGACAAGAAGCAGCGCCACCGGGACAACGUCGCAUUUCAGGACUACACCCAAGAUGCGCGGAAAGUCUACAAGAGACAGUUGCGAGAAAUGCAGCCCAACCUGGAGAAUUACGAGAAAGAGAAGAUGGCUGCGAUUGAAAAGGCUGCUGCAAACGGAGACCUUGAGAUCGUCGAGACCAGCGAUGGGGAGAUGAUUGCUGUUGACAAGAAUGGGUCCUUCUACUCCACGGCGGACAGCGUUGGGUUUACGGAGAGCAAGCCUGAUCGAGCUGCUGUUGACAAGCUGGUCGACAACUUGAGGAAGGCAGAAGAGGUCCGACUCAAGAAGCGGAGAGAUCGCCGCGGUGACGAUGACGGCGAUGUCACCUACAUCAACGAGAAGAACAAGCAGUUCAACCAAAAGCUGGCGCGCUUCUACAAUAAGUAUACUACAGAGAUUCGUGACAGCUUCGAGCGUGGCACCAUGAUUUGA